AUGACAAAAACACCACAGGGUAGUGUGCUUAUACCUAUAAAUAAUAAGAUAAUGGAUCUUUCAAAUGUUGUAGAACUUGAUAUUAAUUAUAUUGAUGUAAGUAACGUAGCCAUUUUGAUUAAUAAAUUAAUUUUCUUAACGUUUCUUCAAUUAAAAGAAUAUGCAAUGAUAACAGAUAAAGGAAAAAAACUUUCGAAUUACUUUAAAAUAAUGUUAUGCGAUACUACAUGUAAGUAUAUAUUGGUAUUACAAAACAUAAUUGGAGCUAUUAAAGAAAUUGCGAAAUAUAAUAAACUAAAUUUUAUUGAUACUAUGAAUAAUAAUAGAAAAUCGUACAUAUUAUGA